CGGAGAAGUUCUGGGACGACGCCGACGGGACUAAGAAAGCGGGGUCGCUCAUGAACCUCCAUAAUAGCAUCAGCGACCUUGUUUCCUUCUAUACCUCGUUGUCUUUUCUGGAAUAAGAAGGAGGAAUUAUGAGUUCCCUACCUCUUGUCUCUGGCGGUGCUGGCCACCCUCGGGUUCACCCCCAGCGGUCGCGAAAUGGGUGUCUAGUUUGCAAAAAAAGAAAGGUCCGAUGCAAUGAGCAGAGACCCCAGUGCUACCAUUGCCAGCGUCUGAAUCUAGAAUGUGUAUGGAAAGACACCACACAACAGCGACCGCCGCCGACGAAUGCGGCAGUGGGGGAUCCCCCGGGGAUUGAUGCCGCGUCCUUGGAGGUCGACUGGCUGUCUUCUUCUGCUGACCUCUUUGAUUUCGCUCAAUCCGUGACGGAUCCCCCGUCGGGCUUUUCUUUGAUUGAAGAUAUCUAUCUUCCCGACUUUGGUGACUCUAUUGCGCCAGGACUUGCCCUGCAUGAGCGAUCUACCGACCUAGAUGGCAAGGGUUCGCCUCCUGUACCGGCACAGUCCCCACCACAGUCCCUAGUUACCAAUGUAGACGAGGAAUACUCGCUACUAUUACAUGCGACGCCGAUUUUAGAUCCUGUCGAAAACGGUCCAAUAUGUGCUUCUCUGCGAGCACUGUUUGACAGUAUGGCAACCUCAUCCCCGAUGGUUCGUUACGCGAUGGCGGCGUUCGCCGCCAUCCAGUUUUAUUCCACGGGCAAACAAGUGGAUUAUCAGCAGUACUACGAUAAAGCUGCAAAUGAACUAUCGGCAAGAUUUCACAAAUCUGGGGGAAGCCUAGCAGUCAACAGUAAUGAACUUAGAUACGUUCUGACCACUAUCUUCUUUCUUACAUACGUAAAUUUUUUAACUGGCCGGCUAGAUUUAGCCUACUUGAAUCUUGCAAAGGCGCAUAAGGCGCUGCAGACAUCAGGCAGGGGUGCCCUGGGCUCUUUAGAACAGAGAAUCAUCUCUUGGAUCCGAUGGUCAGAUGCCCGGGCGGCACUGACUGGUGGGGAAGGACUCUUGGUAAAUGAUACAUCUGGAAUUUAUCCCUCGAGUCCUAGUCCCCCCCCGGAUUCCGGACCGCACGAGGUGAUAUAUGACAUGCUAUGCCAGCCCGGGAUCGCCUUUUUUCAAGAAGUUCAGACCAUUACCGGCCGUGUAGCUAAAAUUGCCCAUGGUCACCGCAGCCGGGGGAGCGUGGAGGAUGAGACUGAAGUGAUGGCUAUUGCCGCUGGUAUCCUGAAGGAUCUGUCUUUCCUAUAUGAUACGAGGCCUGCGCUUAUGGAUCAUGCUGUAUCGGGAAAUAUUAAUAGUGAUACUCUCGCUAAGCCGCUCGCAUCGGUCAUCAUUCGCUCAUACCGAACAUAUCUCGCCAACUUUUACGUCUGCUACAUUCACCUCCAUCGAGUUGCUCAUCGUCAUUUGGAUCGUUCGAAAGCGGUGGAUACAGCGCUAUGCAAAAUUAAGGAAAUAGUACAUCUCAUGGUCAACAGUAACGAAUCUAUACCGGUUAAUAUGUUGUGGCCGUUAUUUCUGUGGGGUAGCGAAGAGGACGACUAUGAUGAGUGUCAAUGGCUCCUUGAGACGAUUCGCAGUCUCCAACAUGUUGCCAGUAAUGCAAAUAUGACGGCGGAUGUACUACAAGAGAUCCAAAGAAGGCAGCGAGAGGCAGGGACGCGGGUCGACAUUCGGUCUGUAUGCUUAGAGUUGUUCAACGUUAACUUUGCGAUAAUUUAA